AUGACAGGCGACAUGUCUUCCGUGGUGCCUCGCUGUGCUCCGCUCCCCAGAUCCAGAGCGGGAGGCGCACCCCCAGCCAGCGCGCCACUGCUUGGAAAUAGGGUCUGCAUCCCCAUCUGCCCGCUUUCCUAUUUCGUGACCAAAGCGUCUGGAUGUGUCCUGCGUCUUGAAGCACGCCUCCUGUCUGUCCACAAGUGCCAGACGUGCCUUCUCCCGCAGCCUGCAGCCGCCCACGCGCGUGCGGGUGCGCGCGCCCGGGCCCCACCCGCCGGGCUCCGCACUGGUCCGGGCGGUCCCUGCAGGCUGGCCCGGCGGGCGUCUGCCGGGGAAAGGCCGCGCGGCCUGGGUGCCGGGAAAGCGUGGGAGCAUCGCUCGGAAGCCUCGCGCUCCACAGUCCCUUCGGGGCCAGGUCAGAGGGAGGCACCCCUUCCAGGAAUGCGGAGGUCCGAGGCCUGUCUCCGCCAGGAGGCUCCCGGGGCCGGCGCGCAGGAGCCGGCCACGCUGGGCCGGCUCUCCCACUGCUCCUCAAGAAAGAGCAGCAAUGUCCUGCGGGGUCCAGAAGAGGCACCCGGGAAAUCAUCCAGCACAAGCCGGGACAUUGCACAAUGGAGCCCUUCGGAACAACGCUUCGGUCGGCACGUCCUUCCCUCCGAGGCCUUCGGGCAGACGAGAAUCACCCAGGACGAUGAGCUCUCCACUGUCCUGAGACCAGAGGAAAGGAGGGUCUCUUCCAGGAGAGCAGCAGCUCUGAAGCCUGUGGUCGCAGAGAGGCUUCCGGAGCCAGAGCGCCCUCCGGUCACCGGAGCUAUCCAGGGGCUGUAG